UAGCAAAAUCACUCUCAAGCAGCGCUCUCUCUAUUUCCCUCUCACGCAAGAGAGCGCGAGAGCUUCCAUUCAUCUCGCAAAAGCUUUCGCACAGUGUAGUGGGGCCGUUCGUCAGCAUCAUCUUCUUCUCGCUCGCCUCUCUCUCAUCCGUCGUGUAUCCAUUCAGUCGAGUACGAUCGUUGACCGCGUCGAGACGCCUACUCCCGGUUUGUCGUCAUUUGUUCCGCGCGGUUCCACACCACCUCUUCACCAGGCCGAGAGCACUGCAAAAAAAGGGCCAAUGUUUUUGUUUUGGGGCGAAAGCUUCGUGAAAAAGCUUCGUCGUCGUUAAGGUGACACGCAUUACGUCGCGCGUUAAGGUGAAACGUGUCAGCAAGUGACGAAAUUUGCCAGUGUUUACUUUGAUUAUAUCACGCAUUGAGUUAGGGGGAGCCUUCGUAGACUGCUCGCGAGCAACAAUAUUGUAUUGUUUUGGGUAGCUCGCUCGUGUGCAGCGCAAAGUUGGGGCUCUACUGGCAGUGUUGGUGCACGGGUUGUGCGGGAAUGUGUUUGUGAGAUUGCGCACGGGGCACCACCUCAUUAAAAAAAAAUCUCGGCGCGAAUGAUUGAGGAAGUGUCUGCGGAGGUGUGCCAACCGACGUAUUGGUAAAUGAAAGAAAAACAAAAGCGUUGAAAGGGAUUAGCGAAGAGGCACAAAGAGAAGAGUGCGGGACAGCUGCAAACAUACAUAGGCGUAAAGGUUAAUGCACAGUCCGUGUAAAUCGGUAUUGGUAAAUACGGCGAUAAAGGUGUCGAGCUAAAGGUAAACAUCGCCGUCAGUCGAAGGCAAAAAGAUAACAGCAAAUAAAAUAAAUUUGUAUUCGUCGUCGCCGUCGCCGCGAGCUGUUGACGUACACAGUUACACUCACCUCUCCGCACGAAGUGUGGCGAGCGAAGGUAUGUCACGGAACGAGGAAGCAAAUUCAGCAAGGAAGAUGGCUCACGAAGAAUCGUCGUCGUGCUAGUGCGCGUGAGUGAUUGCUCAUCGCUCGCUCGCUCACCGCUCAUAGCUGAGAGAGCGAGCGCACAUGUCGUAUUAUCGAUUUCUGAGCAGCUGGUAGAAGAGAAUUCCGUCGCGGCCUACUCGUUGUCGUCGUCGAGGUGGCUCUUUUAAUCGCAGUCACUAUCGCUCGGUAGCCGUGUCGCACUCUGCUGGUGGUGGUCCACACUUCUUGGCCCGGCCUAACAGGUUUUCGGUUGUGGUGCGUUGUGUUUUUGCUAGUGAGGCGCCUUCUAGGGUGACAUCUGCGUGAGCUGUCAGAUUUUAGAUUUCUAUCAGUAAAUUCACGAAAAGAUGUUCAAAACCGCUGGUUGAAAGAAACAAAAUAAUGAAAAAUCUGUUUUAAAAAUAAAGCGCGAGGAAGAGACGCGCAAAAGUGAAAGGCGAAAAGGCGAGUGCAAGAAGAAGCAAAAUGAGAAAAACAACCGCAAAAAUUGUGUGAAUGAGCGUAUCGAGCAGAGGAAGUGAGAAAGAAAAAAAAAACAUCGAGUUCAAAAAAUAAGAAUAAAGAGUUCUUAAGGUCGGCGUUGUUAACGAAAUAAAAGAAUAUAAAUUUGCCGCAAGCGGAGAAGGGGAAGCGCAAGGUUAAAUGUCACCCUGGGAAUGAAGUAAUUUACGGGUGGGAAGUGUCACUCGACAGAGCGGGACGACACCGCGGUGAAGUUGGUGAAUACUGUGGAUGCAGCUUAACGAUACGUUGCAGCAGGCUGUGAAAUUCAACGUUUGAGAAAAGAUCAUCGUCAUCGUUGGCGUGUUGUUUUCGGGAAGUGACUCGACAUCAGACCAGUUGCCAAGAUGGCUAGACAAUACCAGCGUGGCCACCCCAACACCCUUUCCUCCGAGCAGCCAUUGAUUCGAUCAAACGCCGAAAUAAUUAGCCCCAGCGAUGGCCUCAACGCUUGCGUCUCCAGCCGGGUCAACGCCGACGGUGACACCGCAGUCGGUUGUGGUUCUUCGCGCGUCGGAACCGCCGUCCGUUGCUGGUGAAAAGGUCGAAGUUCGUGCCGGGCUGAAGACCCUUUCGAACGAUCUGAGCGAACUGCUGGUUCGCAACUUGAGCCUCAAGCGGAACGAAGAAUUGGUCGGUGAGGUAGAACAGAACAGCAGUGACAGUGUGAGUUUGAUCGGGAGGAAUCGGGUGAAUAACCGGAACUCGUUGUGCGAUACGUUCAGUUCGGUGAACAAGCUGAUCAAGCUCAAGCGAGUCUCGAGUGAUUUGAGCGGGUACGGUGGGAAGAGUUUGGGAGGGAGUGAUGUGCACAGCAUAAAUCCGCCGCCACAGGCCAAGUUCAAGCGGGUUGAAGUUUGUGUGCAGGAGCUACCCAAGGAGUUGGUGGCACCGCGGAAGAGUGUCAUAGUGAAUCAGUUUGACCAGCUGGAGCUGGAUGAAGGUGGUGAACCACUUGUGAUAGAUCAAGCUAGCAGUGAGCUACCGAAGGUAGAGGAAGGAAUUGCUCGAAGAAUCCCGGGAAUUGAGCCUAGUGAUAGUGUUGGGAAAGUCGUUCGUCGCCGGGCUCACCACCCUGCCAAGGGUGGCAGGGGCUCAACGCUGGAGUCCGUUGAGGAAGAGCAGCAGCGGUACAACAGGAGAAGCUUGCAGUGGCCACUGGGCCUGGGGGAUUGGGGAACGGAAGUGAAAAUUGUCGGGCAACAAGACGAAGAAGAGGAGGAAGAGUUUUCGGGUGAUAACGGGGAGGAACGUAAGGGAAGCAAUCGGAACCACUUUCGGCACUCGUGGAACGCGCCCGGGUACGAUCUGCUGCUGGACGAGGAGCGGCGCAGCGGAGAGGAUUCCAGGAGGGACUUUGCAUCGAUAGUGCACAACCUGGCUGGCCUACGGAGCGCCCUCACUAAUGGGGGAACCGCCCACCUUCAUCACCACCCCCAGAACCAGCAUGAGUCGGCAUCGCUGCUGGAGUCACCACACUCGCCCCAAAUCACCGCCGGAUCCGGCGGUGGUGGCGGAGGACCCAAAUCUACCCCGGUGGUGGCGGUGCCAGCUUCCGGCUGUGUCGUUCCACCCUCAUCGGUAGUUCCGGGCGAGGGUUCGCACGUGCCGGUUUCACUCGGGGGUCCCGUUCCGCGCAAACGUCGACUGGAGGCAUUUCUCAAAAGUCUGGUCGGCCGGCGACCCUCGAAGGAACCUCCGCCGGCACCUCCCCUGGCGCCGCCACCUCCACCAACUGCUGCAAUGACUCCUCCUCCGUUGCUUCCCUCGCCGGAGAUUAAAAUCAGCAGAAGCCCCUCGGAUCACAACCUGGCAGAGAUGACGCGAAGUCGACUGAACAUUUCCACCACUUCGCUCAGCUCGGUCCAUCAGCGGUUGUGGUCCGUGGUGCCACUGCUGAAGAAGGACGUCAGCUGCACCAGUCUGGCCCCGCCCAAGUCGGUUCCGCUGCUGGGCGGGGGUUCCUCCUCCUCGCCCCCCACCGGAAUGCGCAAGUGUGAGACGGUCCUCGCGUUAACUCACUCCAUGCAAACGCUUGAGCAGCAGCCGAUCCAACCGAAGAAUCGGCUCCGCAAUUGUGCUUCGGUGGCCACGUGCUCCCGUUGUUCUAGUCUUCUAUCGCUGGCCGCGGCCGGUUCCCGCUACUCGCUGAACCUGUCCAACGGAGGGUUCGUGGCGGUUCCUGGUGGAACUACUCAAACCACCACCACCACCAACUCGGGUGGCACCGGCAAGCACGUCGGCAGCUUGCUUCGACUGGCCUCCACCAAGGGCUCCGGAACGUCCUCGUCCUCCUCGUGCUCGGCAAACUCGUCACCGUGUGCUUCCUCGUCGUCCUCCUCGUCGCUGUCGAAAAGCAGCACCAGCAGCGGAAGCCGGACGUCCGUUACGUCCAAGGCGGCCAUGCUGGGGGCCGCCAGUGUUAGUCCUACGACGGUGGCCCCAACGGUUGUACCCGAAAGCAGUAGUCCGCUGGUGGCAGUCGCGACGCUGUCCCGGUUUACCUGCAAGCUGUGUUUGGGCGAGUACGGAUCGGAGAACCUAACCCGGAUCUCGCAGUGCGGGUGCUCGUUCUGCACGGAGUGCAUGACGGCGUACGUCGAGUUCGAGAUCUCCGAGGGUGCGUACGAGGUGUCCUGCCCGGAUGCGAUGUGCCCCGCCCAGGGCAUCAUCACGAUCAGUGAAAUCACGACACUAGCCUCGGCCUCGCUGGUGGAAAAGCACCACCGGUAUCGACUGAACAGGGAGGUGGAACUGGACAAGUUCCGCACCUGGUGCCCAAAGGCGGGCUGCGAAACGAUCUGCCUGGUGGGCCAACAGCCGCAGCAGCAGCAGCCACAAAACUCUAGCAGUAGUAACUCGUCUUCCGAUAGAAUAGUGCAACUUUCACCGACGCCGGUGGUGUCCUCCUCCAGUUUGCCCACGCCAUGUGCGGUCCACUGUCCGACGUGCCGGGAGGACUUUUGCUCCGGCUGCAAAAAGGCCUGGCAUCCGACGAUGUCGUGUGAGGAAAAUACGCGUCGGUUGGCCGCGGAUGGUCAAUCCGACGGCCACGGCAUCCCGUUCGACAAUGAUCUCAUCAAGUGCUGUCCGAUGUGCGCCGUGCCGAUCGAAAAGGACGAAGGUUGUGCCCAGAUGAUGUGCAAACGGUGCAAGCACGUCUUCUGCUGGUACUGCCUGGCCAGCUUGGAUGACGACUUCCUCCUGCGCCACUACGACAAGGGUCCCUGCAAGAACAAACUCGGCCACUCGCGCGCCUCGGUCGUGUGGCACCGGGCCCAGGUCAUCGGAAUAUUUGCCGGCUUCGGAAUUUUGCUGUUGGUGGCAUCCCCACUACUCCUGCUGGCGGCACCCUGUAUCGUGUGCUGCAAGUGUCGCAUCUGCAGCGGUGCGGCCAAACUCGAAGAGACGGAAGUGGACUACGACGAUGCGGCGGUGGCCCUGCAACCGUCGUCCCUGACGGCACCACCGGCGGCGGCAACCAGUCAGAGUGGGCGAUAGUGGGCUUUCUUGGGUAGGGGGCUUUUUCGAACGGGGGUUGACACUGAUUGGGAGAGGGACGGUAGAUAGGGAAUUGAAAUAGGGAGGGAUGUAGAACUCACUCAAAUGAUUUAAUUUGGAAAAUUUGGAAAUUUUAUUCAAUUUUCCUAAAUUUUAUUUUAUAUUCAUGAAGUUUAUUUAAACUAAAAUAUUUAAAAAUCUAUUUCUUCCGUAAACUGUUGGACAUACUGUUAUAAUAUGUUGCUCUCCAAUGACUUUGCUUCUCAUGAAAAUAUACACAGCAAAAAAUCCGAUGGUAAAAUCGCAUGCAAAAGCAUGCACAUCACCUUCGUCAAAAUAAACACUUAAUAUUACACACUGCAUGUACAAUUUUUGCAACACACAAAAAAAAGUUGCAACCGACGGGAUUCAAACCCAGCACCAACAGUAAGGACUGGCGCCUUAGCCCACUCGGCCAUCAGACCGAUGUAAAGCUGCAUGGAUAAACGCAUAUAUGAGCUUGACAUUUCGGUCAAGUAGGUUUCCCAUACUGAUGGGCUACAUAUUUCAGGAUGUAAAAUCACAUAAAAUUGCAUAAAAUAAUGCAAUAUUUAUUUUACACCCAGGUCUUUUACACGCAGCUGGAUUACUACUUUUUUAGCUGUGUACACAAGAGUAAUUUUGUUUUUUUUUUUUUCACAUUAAAAUAAAAAACAGUCUGAUUUAAAUAUCUUUAAAUAUCCAUCAAACAAUUUGAAAGAAUUAUGAAAUGUUUAUAAGGCCGUUUCAAAUAUUUUUUAAAGUUUAUGUCGCCCUCCACUUUUGAACCACUUUUAAAACACUUUUUUCAUCCAAAUGUUGAAACCUAGGCUUGUAAUUAUUUUUUUUAUUUUUAUUUUUAUAUUUGCAACGGCCUAACAUGUCCAUAAAUUUAACAUGAUAUAAUAAGUCACAGUUAUUUAACAAAAUAUUUUUAAUAUUUUUUGUGUAUGGAAUUUAACUCUCGACCAAAUUUUCCCGGUGAUCGAGAGGCUCAGAAUGGCAAAUUUCCAGGUCACCCUCUACCCAAAACUGACAGUAUGUGUGUUUCCAUUCAAAAUCCGCUUUCCGGCAGCGAAUUUAUUGAAAAGUAUAGUUUGUAGCAUAUCCAAACUUAAAAAAAAAAACCAAAUCCUCUGUCUACAAAAAAAAAAUAUCAAGGCUGAUUUUAGAAAUUUGCAAGUGAAAAUAUUAAAAAAUGCAUUUCAGUAAUGUUAUCAGGCUGGUACAAAUUUUAUUUAAAGUCCCUUCAAAGUUCGCCCGAAAAAUCAGGGGGCAAAAACAAAAAUUUCAAAAAACUUCAAAAUUUUAAUGAAAAUUGGAGUGCAAUCAGCUGAAAUCAAUUUAAAAUGCAUUCCCCUGCGUUUGAAAUCAUUUUAAGCAUGUUUGCGUUGAUUUAAAAAUCUACUGAAUUUUUGAAAAAAAAUAAUGUAUAUUAUCGCAAAGUGUUUUUUUUUUGCAAAAAUGUUUGUUUUCGUCAAAUCUUAAUUUUUUUGAAAAAUUUCGAUACGAAAAUUAUAGGCUAGUUUUGGAAAUUUUGAUAUUUCGGUCAUUACGACACAUCAGACCAAAAAGGGUAAAAAAAAGUGUUGUAAAUAAAUUCGUUACCAUUUUGUUGUCUUUGUUUGAAAUUUCAAGACACUUGAAUGGAAAAAGAACUUUUAAAUAUUUCUCUAAAUUUCAAAUGUUUUUCCAUCAUACAAAUUAUUAGACUAUAAACAACAAACAUGCACUUUUUUGUGUUUGACAGUUUUCGAAGCUCGCAAAAAACUCAAAAUGUACGCAAGCUGAAAUUUCGGCAAACAAAUGCAGGCAAACUGCCAAACUGUCAAAAAGUGCGAGUUGGUUUGUUUGUUUGUCAUAGUCCAAAACCUGCUUUACUCGACAAGCUGAAUAUUGUUCCCUGAGCUAUUUUCAGUUUCUGGGCCAAAUACGAGCAAAAUUGAUCAACAUUUACCCAUCGGUACUCGAGGGACUACCAUGUUUGGAAAAAAAUGAAAAAAUGUAUAAAGAAACUAGUUUUUUCUACGAUUUUAUCAACAGAUGGCACAGUUCAUGUCCAAAAUUUUCCCCUAAGUGAGAUUCUCAUAGUAAAGAAAUUGCUCUACAACUUUGUGCAACAAACCAAAGCUGUACAAUUUGAUCCUGAAAAGUUAUUGGCGAUUUAAAAAUAGUAGUUUAUACAACAAGUUGAAAAAAGAGGAUUUUUUCAGCACGAGUCGUACAUUUAUCCAACGAGGUUCAACGAGUUGGAUAAAUACGACGAGUGCUGAAAAAAUCAGAUUUUGCAACGAGUUCCAUACAACAUUUUUUGCAAUUCCGAAAAACACCCAUUGAGUGAAAUUUUAAGUCAAAUUUUCAUGUAUUUGUCAAUAAAUCGUUUAAAUCAAAACAAUGUUGAAAAGUGUUACUUUUCGAAACAAGUGCUGAAAAGUUCAACUUUUCAGCACCCAUUUCAGUGCUGAAAAGUAGAACUUUUCAGCAAUUAUUUUGAAAAGUGUUGCUAUUCGAUUCUGUUAUUUUUGGUACAGAAAAGUAGGCUAUUUCGUCGUUAAAGAAUGACAGGAAAAGUAAGUAGUUUCACGACGGAAUUGCAAAAAAAUAUAUUUUUGGCAAUUUCGUCGUAAAACUACUUGCUUUUACUGUCAAUCUCGAACGACGAAACAGCCUACUUUUCUCUACCAAAAGUAACAGAAUCGAAUACUACGACUUUUCAAAACAAAUUAUAAAAAGUUCUUCUUUUCAGCACUGAAAUGGAUACUGAAAAGUUGAACUGUUCAGCACUUGUUUGGAAAAGUAACACUUUAAAAAAAAAUUUAUUCAAAGCAUUCAUUGACUAAAUACAUGGACAUUUGACUUAUAAUUCUGCUCAAAGGGUUUUUAGGAAUUGCAAAAAAUGUUGUAUGGAACUCGUUGCAAAACUUGAUUUUUCGGUGGACCUCGUUGGAUAAAUGUAAAUCUAGUGCUGAAAAAACCCACUUUUUGUAAUUUGUUGCAUAAACUACUAUUUUCUAUGGAAAUCAUUUUUUCAAUUAGCCCUAAAUUUCAUGUUAAUUUUUUAACUUUCUUUUUUCUGGAAACUAUACUGCCGUUCUACGCACAAUUGUCCCAUGUCAUUUUUUGACGAUUCUGACUUUUAUCAUUUUUAAGUUUAGUUUUACGUAUACUUUCAGAAAAACACAUAAAAUCUAGUACUUUCAGAAAAACACAUAAAAUCUAGUACUUAGUUCAGAAAAUCAUUGAAAACAACACCAAGUCUGUUUGUCCCAUAGUUGAACUUCUACGCACCAAGUAUUUUCUAUCACGAAAGCAUGAGUUUUACGAAGCAUUAUAUCUUGUUUACUAGUUUACCUGCAAGAGGAUUAUAAAUAAGGGUGAUACAAUGUUUUUUUUCGUCGAUAAAAUGUUAACCGGGGUGAUUAAGGACAUACAAGGCGAAUAGGGACCCACGGGACAAUUAUGACAGUUAUUUAUUUUUUUUUUAUUUGGGACAAUUAUGCGUAAAACACAGAAAUCGAUCGAAAAAUUUCAAUCGCGAUUUUCUCAGUUGCCCUUUUUUGGACAUGGGACAAUGAUGCGUAGAACGGCAGUAUGAACUGUUAUAAAAAUUGGAAUCCUCUUAAAAAUUUUAGAUUUUGAAAUAAAGUUACCUUAAAUAAUUUCAAAUCAAUCCUAACAUUGGAGUAUGUCCAAAUAUAAGUUUUAUUAGGUUGAUUUUCAACAAUGCAUUUAAAAAUAUAGUUAAAUUUGGAGCAUUUUAAUGAAAAAAAUAAAUAAAUUUACAAAUAAUUGUUGAUUAUAUCACCAUUUGAAAUAAUUUGGCCGAUUGCUGUAAACAGUUCGGGUUUGUAUAGUCAUCUUCUUCCUCCCACUUCUCAACUGUGUCAACCCCCCGUAAGCUUGUCAAUAGUUUUAGUUUAUUCAAUCAAUGCAACAACAAAUAAGAAAAUUAGGUUAAUACAAAGAGGAGUAACAUCAGUUUAAACCUAAACCUUUCUCAAUGCUGUUUCAAUCGAUUUUGUUUCCGUUACAGUGUUUCUAGAUAAAACUAAUAACAAAAACUUAUAUAUUUAAGAGCAUACAAAAUGUAUAAAAUAACGAAACAAAUAAAAAAAAACGCAAGAGGGUGUAAAUGUAAACUGAAUUGUGAUAUUUAAAGUGAUUCGAAUUACGAGUAGUUGCAAACAAACGGUGAACAGUACUUCUUGAGGCGAGUGGGAGCGAAUGUUUUAGAAAACGUGGGCUAGCAUUGACUUAGAACAGAACAAAAAAACACUGACUGUUUAGAACAGAGCAGGAUCAACCUGAAGAAAAAACGAAACAAAUAACACGCGUUUUAUGCUUAAAUGAAUUGUACACCACAUCUCUUUAAACGCGAAGGGCAGAAGAAACAAAAUAAAGUAAAACGUUUUAAGCUGAAUUGUACACCUUUGAAAUGAGUAGAACAAAAUAAAAACGUAGCACUUGCUAAAUUGAAAAUCCACUAGAGCAAAUUCGAAUCUAUAAAAACAAAACAAACGAAUAUUUACUCCUGAUGUUACAAACAAAGAGAAACGUGAGUGUUUUCCCCCCGAAUUCGUCGUAAAGGCACGGACGCGUAAAUAGCAAAAUUUAGAUGUUGUGUGUAUUCCAGUGUAUAACUCUCUUUCCAACUGAUUGGCACAAUGCACUCACGCGGGAAAACGUGCUGCAAAUGUAAAGAUUUCCUUCUUUAAAAUUUAAUCAUUUUUGUUCGCGUACUUUACUGUGGAGCGAAAGGGAAUGACGGGAGUUUUAAGUUUGUAAAAACGAAGUUUUCUUCCCCCUCAAAUAGGUGAAUACAAAACAAAAAAAAAUAGGGCAGAAAUUUUAGAACGGCACGUCAAUGUGAACAGUGUUAUGUUGUUGUGCAAGGUAAGGAAAUGGUAUAUUUUUUUAAAUAACAUGCGCCCGCAACUCGUGAUCAUUAUUCGACUAAAUAUUGUAUAGUUUUUAAAUUAUUAAAUUCAGUUUCUUAAACGUUAGCGAGAUAUAUACUAAUAUGGUUAUACUUGAGCAUUAUUUAAACCUAAAGUGUAGUGUAGGUAAAUAAAUGAUACAUAAAAACUGAUCGAAUAAAGAUACUUAUGAUAAACAAAAAGGUAUGAAAUAA